AUGUUUGCAGAUUGGUCUAAUAUCAAAUGCAUCUGUUUGGACGUAGAUUCUACAGUUUGUGUAGAUGAAGGACUAGAUGAACUUGCAAGUUUUCUUGGAGUUACUGAUAGCGUUAAAAAAAUCACUGAAGAAGCUAUGAGCGGAGAAUUAGACUUUACUAAAGCAUUAGAAACGCGCCUAUCAAUGAUGAAUUUAAAUGAAAAGAAGCUUAGUGACUUCAUAGAUAACUAUCCAGUUAAAUUAACACCGGGUAUUGAAGAUCUCGUUCACCAGUUUAAAGCGAAUGGGAUUGGUCUUUACUUAGUAAGUGGUGGAUUAUAUCCACUAGUUAAUCGUGUAGCUAAACUACUGAAUAUUCCUGAAGAAAAUGUUUACGCGAACAAAUUGAUUUUCAAUAACGAAGGUACUUAUAUCGGAUUGGAUUAUAAUGCACCAACUAGUCGUUCUGAUGGUAAAGCUAUCAUUGUCAAUGAAUUAAUGAAUAAAUUGCAUACACCAAUUAUGAUAAUAGGUGAUGGAAUGACAGAUGCAAAAGCUUGUCCACCAGCUGCUGUAUUUAUCGGUUUUGGUGUCAAUGUAAUUCGUCCUAAUGUUAGAAAUAUAUCUGAUUAUUUCUGUACAUCCAUGGAUGAAUUAAUUAACUUGUUGAAAAGUCAUAAAAUGUUACGAUGA